AUGGUAUAUGUGACACUGCACAAUGCCAAACACAUCAGAUUAGAAGCGCCAUCAGCCUUGAAGGAUCCUGCCGCUUGGGCCAUCUUGGAACAUUUCCUCACCACAGAGUUAACUUACACUGAUAUGGAAGAUCAAUUCUGCACGUACCUCAGUGAUCGACAUCACCAAUCUGAUUGGAUCAAUGUUAGGGUGGCAUUGUUUUCUGAUGAUGGCAAUGAUAAGGUAGCCCUUGCAAACCUCCAUCUGGAGAAGCUGAAACACUUGGUGGAACCUCCAAAGAAGCUAGAAAUACUUUCCUUGAUAUCGAAGCAGGGGAGGGAGGGAGUGAUGAGGAUAAAGAGGAUGAAGAGGAUGACACUUAUCUCUUGCACUAACAUUACCAUCACUCUUGGUUUCGAUCAGAGUUUGAUCCUGGAUUAUCUCUGCGAGGCAGGGCUUCCUGCUUCCCCUGGCCUGAAGGCGGAUAGUGCUGGAACGCCAGGGCAAGCAGGGACUGGUACUCGUGUAAGAGUUAGAUGUUGUUAA